AUGUUGAAUCUGGCUUCGUUUGCCAUCUACAAGCUGUUCACGGAUGGGACGCGAGGGCUAUGUCGUACCCGAGAUGCACCCUUCGCCAAUGCUGCCCAGCAGGCCGGAGGGGAUGCCGGAACUCCAGUUCCCGCCGCGCCGAAGGAACCAAAGAAGCCGCCAGUGCGUACGGAGCUACCCUCUGGCUGGGAGACCAUGCACCCGCGACCAUUCUUUGCAUUAUGCGCCCGGACUCAGCUACUCGGACUACGGUCAUCUGGCGACAAUACCACCGGCAUGCAGCAUCUGGGAAUCACGGUGGACAACCAGGAAUUCCACGCCCACGGCAGAUCCAAGAAGAUCGCCCGUCUCAACGUGGCCGUGAAACAACACACCUCGCCAACACGCCUCUCUUAA